AUGCGCAUCUGGAUGCGCAUCACAUCCUCGUUGGAUAAUUCCGUCGUUUAUUUCUGGUGGCUGGACUAUGUCACUGUUCCAGAUAGCAAAUCAUACUCUCAAUUUCUUUUUGCAGUUGAAAGUGAGGCAAAGGCAAUAACCAAAGUGCGCUUUGAGGAAAUCUUCAGACGCCAUGCUGGCCUAGCAGACAUAAAGAAAUCUAAGAAAAAGAAAUUUGACUCUCAAGAGAGCAUUGUGCUUGGUACCUUUAGAAGUAAUAUUGAUCUAUCUAAGGAAAGUGUGAAUGAUGAAGCAAUUAUAAACAACACAUAUUAUCCUGAAGAAGAGAGCCCAAGAUUUACAAAAAAUAAAUUGAGAGAGAAAGCGUCAAUUGCAAAGAAAAUAAACAAUGAUGUUGUUAGUGGAGAAGAGAAUGAGCAGCCAAAGUCAAACAGGAAGAAAAAGAAAUCACUGUUACAAGAACAAUUUAAUGAGGAGGAAGAUUUAUAUGAAGGUAAAUUGGGGAGUUUUGAAGGAAAGACUAAUGAUUUUCCAAAGAAGAAAACAAAAAGUAAAUCACAAACAGAUGUAUCUCAUCAAGAUGGUGAUAGAAAGAUCAAAAAUUCCUUGACUGAAGUGAGAAAUGUAACUGAAUUAGAAGAGGAAGAGCAGCUAAUUCAAGCCUAUCAGCUGCAUGUGGCUGAGGAAGAGGCAAAUGCAAUUAAAAAGAAAAUGAGAAAGAAACUUAAAGAACAGAUGGACUCUACCGCCACUGUUCAAAGGCAUGAAGUUGCACUGAAUAAUGAAGUGGGCAAAAAGAAGAAAAAGAAGAAAGAGCAAGCAGUUUUAAGUGAAGCUGAAACAAGUGCAAUGUCCCUUUCUGAGCUGCAGCAUCAUCAUCCAGAAGAAGGUGGCAGUGAAAGUCAGUCGCCUGAAAGACUAUUUACAUCAGAAAGACAGAAACUGAAGGAAAGGAUGGAUAAACAGAAACCUAAAGCCAAGAAGGUUAAGAAGAAAACCAGAAAAGAAGAAACCAUGGAAGUUGCUGGAGAAAAUGAUGAGGAAAUGAAGAAUUCAGGAAUUUCAACUCAGUCUCAAUCUGGUUUUGGCGAUGAUCUUGUUUUGGGAGUUUAUAUCCAUCGAUCGGAUCGACUUAAAAUUGAUCACUUGGUAUCUCAUCCUGUGGUUAAAAUCCAUAUUGUUGAUCAGAGAAGUGGCUUAUAUGUGAAGAAGGAUUAUAGCAAGAAGGAAGAUUCAUCUUGUGAACAAGAAGAAAUAGAGCACAUUCUUCCUAGAAUGACACAACCAUGUGACUUUAGAAAGUCUAAAUCAACAAUUCCAGAGUGGGAAGAGCAAGUAAUAUUUAAUGAGUGUUUUACUUAUUUUAUUCAAAACACUGAGGAAAACCCUCAGGUUAUCCUGUUUUUUGAGGUCCUUGAUUCUCCAAGUGUGCAUGAACUGAGAGCCAGCUCUGAUGUAAAAAUUCAGGAAGGUCAUUACCGAAAAAUUUGUUGGGCAUUUCUAAAGCUUGUAGGUGCAAAUGGAGUUCUAAACGUUGGUGGUAAACUUCGUCUGCAAUUAUAUUACCCACCUUUAAGGACCAAGUCACAUUCAAAUGUUGUUGAGGUUUAUGACUGGUGGGCGAAAUGUCCUAGAAAUCGUUACCCAUCAACUUUAUACGUAACUGUAAACGGCCUAAAGCUACCAGAUCAUGUUGGUCCUUCUUUUCACUCUAUGGCAGCUGUUCAACAGGAACAAAGUAAUACAGCACUGUCAGAGCUCCAGAGAGAAGGAUGUGAACCUUCUUUAGAGGAGAAAAAGGAGCCAUUUAAAUGGUCAAGAUUACCUGGACAGGCUUGCCGCAUUCCCAACAAGCACCUGUUUUCCCUGCGAGGUGGAGAUAUGGGCUGCUUCUGUAUCCGCUUCUCUCAUGAUGGGAGAAUGCUGGCAGCAGCAUGUGCAGGAAGGAAUGGCUAUCCCAUUGCUUUAUAUGAAAUUCCUUCUGGACAAUUCCUGAGAGAAUUUUAUGGUCACCUUAACAUAGUGUAUGAUCUUUGUUGGUCAAAAGACAAUCAAUACCUUCUUACUGCUUCUUCUGAUGGCACUGUCAGAAUGUGGAAAAUAGAAUUGAAGGCAGCAUCUGCAGUGAGAGUUUUCCCUCAUCCUUCAUUUGUCUACACUGCCAAGUACCACCCAGUUGCUGACUUGUUGGUUGUGACAGGAUGUUACGACUCAGUGAUUAGAAUCUGGAAUGCAAAUGUGAAAGAAAUCCAUGGGCAGCUGCUACAGGAGCUUGAUGGCCAUAAAAGUUUCAUCAACACACUUUGUUUUGAUGCAGAAGGACACCACAUGUUCUCAGGAGAUAGUUCAGGACUGAUAAUAGUUUGGGAUACACCUGUCAAAGGAAGUUCUCCACACCUUUUUCAACACUGGAAGAUCAAUAAGGAAAUAAAAGAAAAUGAUAUUAAAGGAACACCAAUAAAUCAUUUGGAAGUGCAUCCGAAUGGAAGGCAUUUAUUAAUCCAUGCCAAAGACAGUACCCUGAGAAUUAUGGAUCUCAGAAUCUUGGCUACAAAGAAAUAUGUGGGUGCCACAAAUUACAGAGAAAAGAUUCACAGCACCUUAACACCAUGUGGUACAUUCCUGUUUUCAGGAAGUGAAGAUGGAAAGGCUUAUGUUUGGAAUCCAGAAACAGGAGAUCAGGUGGCCAUAUAUACUGAACUCUCCUUCACAUCUCCCCUUCGUGAUGUUGCCUUUCAUCCACACGAACACAUGGUGUCUUUUUGUGCCUUUGGUCAAAACCAUCCAAUUCUUGUAUACAUUUAUGAUUAUAAAGUUGCACAACAGGAAGCUGAACUUGUAAGAGAUCUCAGUUCAUCACUUACCACAGCUGCACCAAGAGGGCCACACUUCUUUAGCAGUUUUUCUGAAAUUCCUGUACAAAAAAACUCAGUGAUGUCUCCAGCAGAUCAAUUUGUCACUAAUGCAAGAGCAUCAAUGAGAAUGCAGAAGGUGAAACAAAAACUUGAUUCUGUUAUGGCAAACUCAAAUCUCUUGCUUCCUGCACCAUCAUCUCUGUCACCACACUCCAAGCUAAGACUACCAGGUAGUCUGAGUACUCCACUGAAUCCUCUGUAUUCUUUCACUGCUGAAAGUGGGUGCUUCAGCCCAGUAGGAAAUCCUCUUAGUCGAACACUAUUGGGUAGACUACAGAAGAAUGAUGACAGCCUGGCUGCACUGGGAGUGGGAAGAGGAAACAGUUGUCCACCCGGGCAAGAGACAGUAGUGGCUCUUUAUGACUACACAGCGCAUCGAUCAGAUGAGCUAACCAUCCAUCGCAGUGACAUUAUCCAAGUGUUAUACAAAGAUAAUGAUAACUGGUGGUUUGGCAGCCUAGCAAAUGGACAGCAAGGCUAUUUUCCAGCUAAUUAUGUGGCUGGUGAAAAAGAAUAUGAAGAACAACCUUCAGGAUUAGUACCAGAUUCUACUCCUCUCCUACCAGAAGGACCAACAGAAGCAGAGGAAGGUUCUCUGACACUAGAUAAGAUGUCACCAGUCACCAGUAAGUCAGCGGACCUGAAAUUUAUUUCCAAACAUGACACAGAUAGAGAUUCACCUGCAACACAAGGUACAAAGAAAAAGAAGAAAAGGAUACAAAGGAAUGAGAGAGAAAAUCUGCACAACUUAAUGAGUGUCGAUACUCCUCUGUCAUCAGUUGCAACUAAUGGUGUUGAAAACGAACCUACAUCCCGUGGGGAUGUGGAAUUGAAGAAGAAGAAGAAAAAGGCAGCAAGAGGCUCAAACUUAAGCACAAAUGGAAGGACAAAUAUUGCCUUUGAGCCCGAAUGCCGUGACGCAGAGGCAUAA